UUAAAAUAGAAAUCAGCCAUGAGAAACCACACAACAGUGACAGUCUUUAUUCUCCUUGGACUGACAGAUGAUCCACAGUUACAGGUAGUCAUUUUUCUUCUCCUGUUUUUCACUUACCUGUUGAGUGUUACAGGGAAUUUAACCAUCAUCACCCUUACCCUAUUGGAUUCUCAUCUCAAGACCCCCAUGUAUUUCUUCCUCCGAAAUUUCUCAGUUUUAGAAAUCUCAUUUACAACUGUCUGUAUCCCCAAAUUUCUUGUCAGCAUGGUAACAGGAGAUAAAAGCAUUUCUUACAGUGACUGUGCAGCACAGCUGUUUUUUACUAUCCUCUUGGGGGCAACUGAAUUUUUUCUCCUGGCUGCUAUGUCCUAUGACCGCUUUGUGGCUAUUUGCAAGCCCCUACACUACAUGACUAUCAUGAGCAGCAGAGUGUGCAACUUGCUAGUCUUUGCUUCAUGGGUGUCUGGCUUUCUGAUCAUAUUUCCACCACUCCUUGUGGGUCUCCAGCUUGAUUUCUGUGCAACCAACAUGGUCGAUCAUUUCUUCUGUGAUGUUUCUCCUAUACUGCAGCUCUCUUGCACAGACACAGACACAAUAGAGUUUAUGAUACUUCUCUCAGCCAUUCUGACACUCCUUGUGACACUAGUAUUAGUGAUCCUCUCGUACACAAACAUCAUCAGGACCAUUCUGAGAAUACCUUCUUCUCAGCAGAGGAAGAAAGCUUUUUCCACAUGUUCUUCCCACAUAGUUGUUGUUUCCAUUUCUUAUGGCAGCUGCAUCUUCAUGUACAUGAAACCCUCUGCAAAGGAACGAGUGUCUUUAAAUAAAGGGAUAGCUCUGCUCAGUACUUCUGUUGCUCCCAUAUUGAAUCCCUUCAUUUAUACACUGAGAAACAAACAAGUGAAAGAUGCUUUUAAACACAUUACCAAGAGGAUUGAAGCUUUCUCAAUGAAGUAA